AUGGAGAACAAGGGAGAUCCUUUAGAUACCCUAAAAAGACAAGAAAUCAAAAAAAGUUAUCAUGACUAUAAGAUUAACAAUGUCAUAAAAAAUGUGAGAAAUAGCGCCUACAAUGAUCUAUGUAAUGAAGAAGAUACCCUAAAUGCUCACAAAGAAAGAAAUAAGUCUCAGAGAGUGGUCUGCAAUCAUCCAGAUGAAUUACUUUCAGAGAUCUCUGAUAUCCUCCUCGAUCUAAAAGUCUCUUCUCACUUUAUGGGAGAGGGAGAAGCAGUGAACUGGAAAACAUUAAGUAAAUCUAUCCUCAACAAAUUCUCUAUUAACCACAAGGUUCUUAACCACCAGGUGGAUGCCUUGAAGAUCCAGAAACAGGAUAUUGAAAGAGAGAAUAAAGAGAGGGAUAAUUUUAAGAAAUUUAGAACAAAGAAGGCCAACAAAAUUAACGAAAUAGUACCCAUAUCCUCAACCAAUGGGUUCCAGAAGUUGAUCGAAGAGAAGCAGAGGAAGAGAGAAAGAUUUUAUUCUGACAAUCCUCAAAUGUUGAAAUUGGCUGAACUUCAAGAUAGCCAUGAUAUAAAUAAACUUCAGUUCAGAAUGAUCAUUAAUGGAAUGAAACAGGAUAGAAAAGGCAACUAUAUUCUUCACUGUCGAGGUACCACUCAGAGCAACCCUCAGUACAGAAAGGUAAAGUCAAAGCUUAGAAAUUAUACAAAUGCAAAGUCAAUGACUAGAAAAUCUCCUUAUUUAUAUUCGAAAUAUGGAUCAGGUAGAUCCUCUGAAGUAUCAAUGAACUCUCAGAGCUUAAAGACCGGCUACCAGUCAUUCAAGGCUUCUCGUAAAUCUCAAAGGAGCAAGUUUGCGAUUGACAUGGGUUCAAAGAACAAGAAUUUCUUAAGAAAGAAGGCUCAUAAAAUUAGAGGGAAGUCAUUCUACAGAAGAAGUCCAAUCACUCAACAAAGAAAUAAGAGAGGACAUUGUAUUUUAAAUCCAGAAUACUGCAAUAUAACCAAUCAUAAAAAGAGCCUAAUUACUAAAGAAUCUCAGACUGCCGUUAAGAAAGAUAUAGGUGUCUUCUUCAGAGAGAAUAUCUGCAAUAAGAACUUUGAAGAAGUAAGAGAUGGCCUUUUCACUGAAAAUACAUUGAACUAAGCAACAAUGGUUAAAUGUGCAUUUCUCACACUUCUUGAUCUAAU